GCCAGUGGAGCUGGGGCCUCUCGUGCCUCUCGCGGGUCAUCGCGGCAAUCGCGGUGUGUUGUGCGGCGCUGAAAGAAAGGCGUCAGCUACGAAAGUCAGCCAUGCCGGUGAGGACGCCCGAGAUUGUGCCACCUUUGCCGGCCAACUCGCACCAACCCGGUGUAACCCGGUCGUUGCUUUACAACGGAUCCCGAUUCCAGGGACAGCAGAAAAGCAAAGGCAACAGUUACGACGUCGAAGUCGUGCUUCAGCACGUUGACGAAGCGAACUCCUACCUCUGCGGCUACCUGAAGAUCAAGGGCCUGACGGAGGAGUACCCGACGCUCACAACGUUUUUUGACGGCGAGAUCAUCAGCGAGAAGUAUCCAUUCCUCACGCGCAAAUGGGAUGCGGACGAGGAAGUCGACAAGAAACACUGGAGUAAGUUCGGGUCAUUUGAGGACUACACCGACAAUUUCAACUGCGACAACUUCAAUUACACGGAGCUGAAGGCGACUGAAAACGUUUUCAUGAGGUGGAAGGAGCACUUUCUCGUUCCCGACCACACGAUCAAGGACAUCAAUGGGGCGUCCUUUGCGGGCUUCUACUACAUAUGCUUCCAGAAGAAGUCGUCCACCAUUGAAGGCUACUACUACCACCGAAGCUCCGAAUGGUAUCAGUCACUAACGUUACGGCACGUGCCGGAGCACAGUAUUCAGAUAUACGAGUUCCGGUGAGGGCACCGCCACUUGUUUAAAAAAAUGUGGCACUGGCGGUGGUGGUGUCCGUUUCCUGCCAUCCCACCCGUCCUGUGCGUCUCGUGACGGGGCACUCAUCGAAGUUGGUGGCACCAAAUCCGAAAGAGACGCCCACCGGUCCGUCACCAGCCGCACCGAGGCGUCGUCGCGUGCUUUGCCCCUGACGGGUCAUCGACGACGUCCACGAAGUCGUGCUCUCCGUCACAAGUGGUCCGUCACGCGUGUGUUGUGUGUGUCCGUGCCAUCAUCGUCACCGGACAGAGCCUCGAAGAGACGCUGUCGUUCACCGUGAUUGCGUGCCUCCGUCGUCGCAAAAGAAAAACGUUGCAUGUGCGCAUUGCUCUCCGAACUUUAAAGAGUGCUCGAACAGGGGGAGACGGCAUUUCUUCCUUCUAGUCUCCGUCGCCGCCGGCUCCACCAGACUGUAAGGGUUGCACCAGAAAUUUUUUUAUUCUUUUUUCUGUUUGGCUGGUUGUGUCUGGUGUCUUCCCAGUGAAAGGGCCAGUGACGAUGCCUUA